CCUGGCUCAAAAGCCGAAGUUUAUAUCAUUUCUAGGUAGAUCUAAAGAGGCUUGAAAUCCCCCAAAUUAAAACCCCAGCAAGGAGAAGAAGGAUAUAGCAUCCAGCAUCGCAGUGGGAAGAAAGCGCAGUAGGAGGCGGCGGAGCGAUGUUCCGGAACCAGUACGACACGGACGUGACGACAUGGAGCCCGGCGGGGCGGCUGUUCCAGGUGGAGUACGCGAUGGAGGCGGUGAAGCAAGGGUCGGCGGCGAUCGGGCUCCGGUCGGCGACCCACGUGGUGCUGGCGACGGUGAACAAGGCGGCCUCCGAGCUGUCGUCCCACCAGAAGAAGGUCUUCAAGGUGGACGACCACAUCGGCGUCGCCAUCGCCGGCCUCACUGCCGACGGCCGCGUCCUCUCCCGUUUCCUUCGCUCCGAGUGCAUCAACCACGCCUUCGUCUACGAGUCCCCUCUCCCGGUCUCUCGCCUCGUCGUCCACCUCGCCGACAAGGCCCAGGUCUGCACACAGCGUUCCUGGAAAAGGCCCUAUGGAGUGGGCCUGCUGGUUGCUGGAUUGGAUGAAACUGGAGCUCACCUAUAUUAUAACUGCCCCAGUGGAAACUACUUUGAGUAUCAAGCAUUUGCAAUAGGAUCCCGGUCGCAAGCUGCAAAAACUUAUUUGGAGCGCAGAUUUGGGGCUUUCAACAAGUACCCUCGUGAAGAAUUGAUAAAAGAUGCCCUUUCUGCCAUCAAAGAAACGCUACAGGGUGAGAAGCUGACCGGUGCCAUCUGCACUGUUGCUGUUGUUGGAGUUGGAGAGCCAUUUCAUGUGAUCGAUCAGAAAACCAUACAGGAAGUGAUCGACUCUAUGGAGAUUAGGGAGGAAGCUGCAGCCGAUCAGGGUACCACGCAAGAGGAGGAUAAGAGUUCAGAAGCUGCACCAAUGGAUAUUUGAUUCAGGUAGAAUUAUGCCAUCAGUAUGGUGUCAACAUACUGAAGAAAAUCGUGUUUGAGAAUCAUGUGAUUCAGCAUACUCUAUAAUCUGCGUUAUUUCUCGUGCUUCAAUUUCUGAGGAUUUGUCAUGUGAUUCAGACAAAUCUUUUGAUUUACAAACAUGGCUUGACAUUGGGUAAACAGACAGUUUGGUUAACUUCUUAAGGAUGAAGAUUUCAUAUCGGUGAUGCCAAUGCUUUUGGAAUAUUGCUUUGACAGUAGAAAUAAUUAUUUACAGGGAUUAUGAGCAUCAAUGUAUUAAUUUCAGCCUUUUCAGGUC